CAGACCCGCAGACCGACAGCCGGUCUCACCGUCACAGCAGCGGAUCACAGCCGAGUGGAGAGAUCCGAGUCCCGAUGACCAUGUCGGUGCUCAGCCCCGCCCCCAGCAGCAGCGACGCCUGCCUCAGCAUCGUCCACAGCCUCAUGUGCCACCGGCAGGGCGGAGAGAACGAGGGCUUCGCCAAGCGCGCCAUCGAGAGCCUGGUGAAGAAGCUGAAGGAGAAGAAGGACGAGCUGGACUCGCUCAUCACCGCCGUCACCACCAACGGCGUCCACCCCAGCAAGUGUGUGACCAUCCAGAGGACGCUGGACGGACGGCUGCAGGUAGCAGGUAGGAAAGGUUUCCCUCAUGUGAUCUAUGCCCGUCUGUGGCGUUGGCCUGACCUCCAUAAGAACGAGCUGAAGCACGUCAAGUUCUGUCAGUUUGCCUUCGACCUGAAGUACGACAGCGUGUGUGUGAAUCCCUACCACUACGAGAGGGUGGCAUCCCCGCCCACAGGUCCUCAGUCUCUCAUAAAGGAGGAGUUCAUUCAGGACUGUCUGCAGAUCGACCUGCCCCCCCAUCCCGACCCAUACAACCAGCCCCACCCCGUCAGCUUAUAUCCCAGCAUGCCUCUGUCUCCUCCAGGCAGCAGCUCCAUGACGCCUGCAGCUCUGUCCGCCAGCGGAGGGGGAGGGGUCUGUGGCAGGAGUGGAGGUGGUGUCGGUGGGGGUGUCAGCAGCGAGGGCCCAGGUCUCCUUCAGAUCGCCCCGCCUCAGAACCAUGGGGCUCAGGCCUCGCCGCCUCACCCGAACCCCCCCCACACCCCUCAGCCUCCCCACCCUCCCACUCCCACCUCAUCACAUCAGCAGAACCCCGAGUACAGCAGCCCCCCCAAAACUGCCACCUGGUCAGGCAACAGCCCCGCCCCCUACAGCCCUGCAGGACCUCAACAGAGUGGGCGGAGCCACCAGCAGCCUCCAUUACAUCAUCAUCACCACGCCCCCAAUACUCACUUCUGGUCACAGCAUCACAGCACCGCUCCGUAUCCACAGCCAGUGUCCAACCACCCAGGUCCAGAGUUCUGGUGCUCAAUCUCGUACUUUGAGUUGGAUGUUCAGGUCGGGGAGAUGUUUAAGGUCCAGUCCAGCUGUCCUCUGGUGACGGUGGACGGAUAUGUGGAUCCUUCAGGAGGAGAUCGCUUCUGUCUGGGACAGCUGAGCAAUGUCCACCGUACUGCUGCCAGCCACCGUGCCAGGCUCCACAUCGGUCGGGGGGUUCAGCUAGAAUGUCGGGGGGAGGGGGACGUCUGGAUGCGUUGCCUUAGUGACCACUCGGUGUUCGUUCAGAGUUUCUACCUGGACCGAGAGGCCGGCCGAGCACCUGGAGACGGAGUCCAUAAGAUCUACCCCGGAGCUUAUAUCAAGGUGUUUGACCUGCGGCAGUGUCACAGACAGAUGCAGCAGCAGGCAGCAGCAGCUCAGGCAGCUGUAGCGACUCAGGCGGCUGCAGUUGCCGGUGCGAUUCCUGGACCAAACAGUGUGGGAGGGAUCGCCCCUGCUGUCAGUGUGUGUUCAGCGGCAGGUCUGGGAGUGGACGAUCUUCGCAGGUUGUGUAUUGUGCGUCUGAGCUUCGUUAAAGGUUGGGGGUGUGAUUACCCACGACAGAGCAUCAAAGACACCCCCUGCUGGCUGGAGGUUCACCUGCACCGAGCGCUGCAGCUGCUCGACCAGGUGCUGCACACACUGCCGCCACGAGAACACACACUCUGACAGACUGCAGCAGGCGUGUGUGUGUGUUUUCUCUGUCGGUUGCAGUGUGUUUGAGUCAAAAGAGGAUUCGUCCACAGCUGUGAUGUCAUCUGAAUGAUCUAAGCUGUCAGAGUUGAUAAGCCCCACCCACCCAGUCCUCCUACAGACAGGUGUAAACAAACACAACGCGCUCAUUGGUCAAUCAGACAGGUACAGACCUCCAAGCUUCAGACAAUCAGCCAAUCACGGCAUCUCAUUGCUCUCAAUCAAAUGAGUUUCCACGGAUACCAGCAUCCAUUAAAGGGUCAGUUCACACAAAAUCAGGAAGGAGAAAAUUGUACAUAUGGAUGAACAGGGACGAUAGAACGAUCAAUCCUGAGCUGUCCUCAGUCACAUGACUCAACAUGUGAGAGCAGAACCAGAUCUAAGCCACAGUCCUGAUCUAGCCUGACUCCGACCCCUGUUUCCUGCAAACCUUUUGUCGUCACUUAACUGCCACAGAUGAUUUUCUUUUUAUUUGUUCAGGUUUGCAGAUUUCUCUUGGUCCCACAGUCUAACAUUAACAGUGACGGGGACUGAACUCAGACACAUGAAACCAAAGCUUUGUUGUACGAUUUUAUUAUUUCAUCAGAUUUACCAUCCAGUUGUGGAGGUUGUAAAGUAAUACCACAUCAGUACAUCAAAAAUAAAUCAAUAUUAAAAAUGCUGUUCUCUGACAGGCUAUAGAUUAUAGUGCUGACACGUGCAGUGAAUCUUAAGACAUAUACAAUAGACCUGAGAGUUUUUCUUAUCACACAUCUUAACAUCUUGACAUCACUGUUUGAGUCUAUUCACAAUAUAAUUUAACAGGAGGGAGAAAAUCUAUUGUUUGUAGUUUGACUGAACUGACUCUUUCACCUGUUGCUCAGCAGCAGCCGUCUCCACACAGUGAUGUGGGACUGCUCCUUUAACAUCUCGCUGACAGUUUAUUUAUUUUCAUUUUAUUGAUUAUCCACCAAAGAUUGAUUUCCUGCUCUUAGUGACAUCAUAUCCUGUUUACUUUGUGAUUCAGCUUCACUCUGAUCUGUCAGAUUAUUUAUUCUGUCGUCUGGUUUUUUUCUCUUUCAUCUUUUUAUGGUGUUA